AUGUCCACCAAGGAGUACACCUACCAGGAUGUUGCCGAGCACAACACCAAGAAGGACAUCUUCGUCGUGAUCCACGACAAGGUCUACAACUGCAGCAAGUUCAUCGACGAGCACCCUGGUGGCGAGGAGGUUCUACUCGAUGUCGCCGGCCAGGAUGCCACUGAGGCUUUCGAGGAUGUCGGCCACAGCGACGAGGCCCGCGAGACUCUUGAGCAGCUGCUCGUUGGCGAAUUGAAGCGCCAGCCCGGCGACCCUGUCCCCAAAGCCCACACCAACACCUACUCUGCCAACAACGGCUCCACCACCACUGGCGGCGGAUUCGGCAUCUACAGUGUUGUCGCCAUUGGUGGUCUUCUCGGCUAUCUCGCCUUCCAGUACUUCCAGGCUCAGUCUGAGGCCCAGGGACAGUCCGCCUAA